AUGGAUAGUCAAAGAUCCAUCGCAGACUACACGGUUGGGUGGAUAUGCGCCCUUCCUGUGGAACUUGCCGCUGCCAAAGCAAUACUUGAUGAAACCCAUCCACGAAUCUCUCGAAUCGAUCACGGUAUCUAUACACUGGGCGCGCUGGAUGGUCAUAAUAUCGUUAUUGCAUGCCUUCCCGCGGGUGUAUAUGGAACCUCAUCAGCAUCCAUCGUUGCAACUCAAAUGCUUCACGCAUUCCCCAGUAUCAUUUUUGGCUUAAUGGUAGGUAUUGGAGGGGGCGUCCCAAGCGAGAGGGCUGACAUUCGGCUGGGGGAUGUCGUGGUGAGCAGGCCUGUGGGUUCAUUUGGCGGCGUUGUUCAGUAUGACUAUGGGAAAGAAGUUGGGAAUGGCAAAGUCAAACACACCGGAUCUCUGAAUAAACCUCCUCCAUUUCUUCUUUCUGCGAUAGGAGAUCUUGAAGCGAAUCACUCUAUCGACUUCUCAGAAAUACCCUCAUACCUUUCUAAAAUGCUCAGACGCCAUCCAGCCAUGAAGAAGUUUAGGUACCCUGGCUCACAAUCCGACACGCUUUAUGAAGCUGAAUAUUAUCACAUUGACUCGCGUGAUGGGACCUGCAAACGUUGUUCUAAGCGACACUCGGUUUAUCGUCCACCCAGAUCCUCCGACGGUCCAGUUAUACAUUAUGGCUUGAUUGCGUCAGGGAAUAAAGUUAUGCGUGAUGGUGUAACUCGUGAUCAUAUCGCGGACGAACUUGGGGGUGAUGUCAUUUGUUUUGAAAUGGAGGCAGCGGGACUAAUGGACAUUUUCCCCUGUAUCGUUAUUCGAGGGAUAUGUGACUACGCUGACUCGCACAAGAAUAAGAGCUGGCAACCUUAUGCAGCUGCUACAGCAGCUGCCUAUGCAAAGGAGCUUCUCUCUGUUGUUCCUGCUCGACAUAAACUUGAAAAAACACUACAGAUGGGGCUUUCCUCUGAUGAAUUUACUCCUAUGAAACGGGAGGCCUCUUCCAAAAAUUCCAGGAGACAGUCAUUCGAUGAUGGCAGCUUGGGCUCGAGGAAUCAUCCUUAUCGAGUCAGUUUAUUCACUUCAAUCCACUCACUUUAA